AUUACAUACUUGUUGCACGAGGCUGGCGGAGUCGAUCCUGCGACACUGGACGUCAGUAACGACUCGAUAAAGUUGCCAGGACUUAAAGCCGCCAAAGAAUGGAGAAUUACGCUGGGCACGCGAGAACUGCCAAAAGAAGUAUGGAGAUGCCUCCCCUGUCGAGCCUCUUCGAAAUCGAACAGUCAAGCUAACGAUACCUCCAAGGUUGUCGAUGCACUCGAACAAAGUCAUGAAAUACACAUACGCUGGUCUGCCGAGUGGAACUACGAUUCCGUAACACCAUUCUCAUCAAAAGUUCCGUCUGGCUUCCAUGUUUUCUAUACCCCUGGAGAAAAUGCAUCUACGGAUACACUAUGUCCGUUGCUUGGCAAAGUCUUUGGUGAAAUUGUUGAGUGUUCAUCCGUAGAGAAGUCAUUCUCAACUCCCCAAAUCUUGUCUGAACGCUUUGCUAUGUCCGCAAAGUACCAGUACUACAAGCCCCUAGCGCGUCUAACAAAAUUUAUCGGCUAUAUCUCAUCAACUCUCUGCGAGCCGUCAGACGCAGCUUGCCAUGCUCAGAUCACAUCUCUUGCUCAAGCCAGCUCCUUGGAUAUCGACUAUGACGCAAUAUCUCACGCGCUUCGUGUCAACGCAUACUGGGACUGGGCUGUGGCAGCCGAUGGCACGCAAGGCGUUUGGGAUGAGACUUUGCGUCUGCAGCCCUCUUCAGAUGCUCUCGAAGUUGGCAUAUUGAAUGUUGAGAAGCCGACUGAGGAAGGAGAGAUUGCAUUGAGUGGGCUGCUGACUGUGGUGGGCGAAGACACAAAGCCUAGUGCGACCAUGUUUUCCUUCCCAUCGAGACAUCAUGCUGCGUCAAAGCAGUCUGCAGAACUAACUUUCGAAACAACCUUCCGUCAACCGACUGGACUGCAUCCUACAUUGGAGCUCAAGUUUCCUGGAAAUGUCCUCGUACAACCAGAUGAGUCUUGUGCAUUGCACGCUUAUCUGACAUUACCAUCCUCGGUCUUUAUAGACCGCUACCAACUCUCGGAUCCUCUGUUCCUCGCAUCGCAAAAUCUGGUUGCUCUGCGCAGUCUCAGCGGUGCCACUGACCUUGAAGCUCCCGUCUGGACAACGCCGCAGUGGGGCUCGGCAGCACUUCUUGAGCUCGCACAUCCCGAGUCGCCAUCGAUAAGCAACGACACUUGGACCGUGACGGUUCCACUGCACACACGCUACAUGCCACCCUCCACAGAUGGCACACAUGCUGCACACAUCCCCUGGCCAGCAGUUUUCUGGGCUUGUGAAGCCGAAGACGGACUGAAGAUGGCCGUAAAUCCAUUCGAUCGCACAAACAUUGGUUAUGAUGGGCUCUUCGGACCCAAGACUUUGUUCCAUCAUAUUGGUGCUUCGGCUGAGACGAAGACAUUGAUGGAGACGCUCGAAAUACCCGUGUUAGACGAAAGUAAGACUAGAUUCGUCGAAGUGGGUACCGGAGUUGCUGUGUUGCUCGGUUUCUUAUGGGUGAUGUGGUGUUUGGUCAAACCAUCUGGAACAGCAGUUGGAAAGGCUGGUAAAAAGGAG